AUGACGGAGUUUUUGGAGAAGCAAGGCUGUGGCCCAGUGACUGUCGGCGAGAGCGAGGAGGAUUUCAAGAGAGCCGUCCAGGGUGAGGUCUCUGGCCACAGUUUUGGCUAUAAGGUUGAUGGUGUGAAGGGUGGGGUUUUUAUUGCAAAUCCUAAGAAGGUCUUGGAUGUUGCUACUGUGAUGGACUUCGUGGAUCCUUACAUGAAGAAAAAUGAGGCUAAUGGGACUAAGAUUGAUUACGUGCAUGGCUUGACAGCAAUUGAGAGGUACUGCUCAGCUGGUACGGCCAACGUUGGUAUUGUGCUUCCCGAUAUGCACAAGUCGGAUCUUUUCAAGACUGUUGUUCACGACGGUGCGCUACCUCGGAAGACCUUCAGCAUGGGCGAAGCUGACGAGAAGCGAUUUUAUUACGAGUGCAGGAAGAUCCGCAAGGACUGA